UGGGGCAAAGUGUCAUCGCCAACAGACCUAAAGUCUGCUGACCUUCUUUGGGCUGUGGGUCGAGGAGAAGAAGAGGGAACUCUUCUUGCAAGUCGAGGCGGAGGCCAAUCAGUCACCGCCGACCUGCUUGCUCUCCGCGCAACUGGGCUUGGGCGCUUUCAGCGAGCGACGGGUCUGUCCGAGCCGAGAUUGCAUCCAGUCGCUCGAAUUCGGGGUGUUCGGCCGGCUCUGGCUGAGGGUCGAAUCCGGCAGAAGAGCACUGUGCAGGCUGGAGCGCCAGGGCCGGUUGCCGUCCUUCACGACGCGGUCCACCUCGCGGAGGAGGAUUUCGUGUCUGUCAAAGCGGGGGGGGGAUAGCCAGUUGGUACCGGUUUGA